UCUCCCUCUCUCGCCCUCGCCCGCUCUUGCUUAGAGGCUCCAUUCACUGCGCGCUCGCCUGGGCUGCUGCUCCGCUCCCGCGGCUCCGACGGGAUAGCAAAGUUGGAAGCGAAGCGGGCUGGGAAACAUGAGCGAGCUGGAAGGGGACUUCGCCAAGGUCUUGCAGCUGAAAGAUGAGCGGAUCAAGGAGCUGGAGAAGCGCUUGUCGGAGAAGGACGAGGAGAUCCAGGAGCUGAAGAGGAAGCUGCACAAGUGCCAGUCGGUGCUCCCCGCGCCCACCACCCACAUCGGCCCGCGCACCACCCGGGCGCAGGGCAUCUCCGCCGAGCCCCAGACCUACCGCUCCUUCCACGACCUCCGGCAGGCGUUUCGGAAAUUCACCAAGUCCGAGAGGUAGGCGCGGACCGGGACCGGGGAGGGGGCUGCGCGUGCCGCUGUGGCACGUCUCGCGCCCGGGGUCUCGCGCAGCCCCCGCCCGGGACGCCCUCGUGGAGCCUGGGGCGGAGCUGGGCGGAGGGCGUGUGU